AUGAGUACAGAAAUAAAUCCUAAUUCUUCUCCAUCAACAUCACAACAACAAAUAACACCUGUACAACGAAAAUUACAGAAAAUUCUCGAUUUAAAAUUAGAAUCAGAUAAAGAUUUAAUUGAAUCUUUGAAAUAUUUAUCAACUUUUUUUAAUGAAAAUAGUGUAAGAACAAGACGUGCAUUAAGAAGUACAAUUGAAAAACGUAGUUUAACAUUAAAUGAUCAAUUUGAAGAAUGUUUUCGUGUUGUUAAACAACAACUUGAUCAAUUAAAUGAUACAGUCACAUCUAUGUCAACUUGUUGUGAAGAUAUGACACAACGAUUAAAAAAUGUUAAAGCACAAACACAAGAAUUAAUAAAUAAAACAACACAAAUACAAAAUGAAAAUCAAGAAUUAAAUAUAAAAUCUUGUAUAACCGAAGGAUUUAUUGAACGAUUUCAAUUAACACCUGAAGAAUUAAAUGCAUUAAGAACAACACGUGAUGGAUUUUUACAUCCAGAAUUUUUUAAUGUUCUCAAACGUGUUAAAUCAAUUCAUCAAGAUUGUAAAUUAUUAUUGCGUACCAAUCAACAAACAAUUGGUUUAGAAAUCAUGGAACAAAUGGCACUUCAUCAAGAAUCAGCUUAUGAAAGAUUAUAUCGAUGGUUACAAAGUGAAUGUCGACUUCUAACAACAGAAUCACCAGAAAUUUCAACAUUAAUUAGUGAAGCACUUGACGGAUUAAAAGAAAGACAAGUUUUAUUUAAAUACGUUCUUGAUGAAUAUGGUACUGCUCGUCGUAACGCACUUGUUCGUGGUUUUAUCGAUGCAUUAACUCGUGGUGGUCCAGGUGGUACACCACGUCCAAUAGAAUUAUCUUCUCAUGAUCCAUUACGUUAUGUUGGUGAUAUGCUUGCAUGGACACAUCAAUCGACAGCAUCGGAAAAAGAAUAUGCUGAAAUUUUAUUACGAAAAUUAAAAAACUGGAGUGAAUUACAAAAAACUAUUCAAACACUAUUAGGAUAUAUUACUGAAGGACUUUGUCGACCAUUACGUGUUCGUCUUGAACAAGUUCUUGUUUCUCAACAUGAACCUGUAACAUUAUAUAAAUUAACAAAUUUACUUAAAUUUUACGAAACAACUAUAAAACAAUUAUUACCUAUUGAAUGUCAACUAGCACUUGUACUUGAUGAAGUUAGUAAUUUAUCAUCCAAAAUGUUUUUAAAUGCUUUGAAUGCAACAGCAACACGUUUAAUUGAAAAAGUUGAUAUGCCAACAAAUGAUUUAAAUUUAUCCGAUGAAUUACGUCGUACAUUAGCAUUAUUACGUGAUAUACUUGAAACACAUUCAACAUCAAUGAUACCAUUUGAAUCAAAACGUAUUGAUUUUCAACAAAUUGUUUAUUCAAUUGUUGAUCCAUUACUUCAAAUGUGUUCAUUAUCAGCAGCAAAAUUAGGUGUUAUUGAAAUGGCUGUUUAUUUAGUUAAUUGUAUUAGUGCAAUACGAACAACAUUAGCUGUUUUUGCAUUUACAGAUGAAAAAAUUGAAAUGCUUGAAGGACAGAUCGACGCAAAUACAGAUACAUUAAUUGGUGAACAAGCUACAUAUAUACUUUUACGAACGGAUUUAUUAGAUGCUUAUCGCAUUGUUGAAAAACAACAACAAGAAGUAGAUAAUAAUGUAACUGCACUAGCACUUAAACCAAGUAUGGAUACUGUGACAUUAAAAGCAGCUAUGGUUAAAUUCGAUUCGUAUUUGGCAUCACCGGAUCUUUAUAUAAUGCCACAAUUAAAGUAUUUAACAAGUGCUAUUAUUAGAGAAAAAAUAAAAAAACGUUCGGUUGAAUUAAUAUGUGCAGCUUAUGCCAGUCUGUACUCUGCUAUAAUGGAUCCAAAAAAUAAUUAUGCAAACCCAUAUUCAAUAAUGCCACAUACACCUGAACAAAUAGUUAAAUUACUUUCUUAA